AUGGUGGUAUGCACAUUCACCCGCUCCGCUGUUGCCUUCCUCAACUUGCUGACGUUUGGACUCUGGUCAAAGCUUGGCCGUCUCACCCACUACGCCUUUGAUGCGGUCCUGAUCUCUACGAUCCUUGCCGGUAUGCGCCGCUCGACCGGCCUGACUUUCCACACCGAACGGAUAUCCAGCGAGAACAAGGAGCUCAACACCUGGGUCGAGAGAUAUCUCGGCGUCGGCGAGUGGGUCAUGGACCAGUCUACUGCCAUCGCGGGAUCCAGCGGCUGGUUCAAGCGCACCCGGUAA